UUCAGCCGCGGACGGUCUUGCGGAGGCCGUUUCCGCUCGCAAUGGAGAAAUACGAGAAGAUCAGCAAAAUCGGGGAAGGCUCCUACGGGGUGGUUUUCAAAUGCCGGAACAAGGACACCGGCCAGAUCGUCGCCAUCAAAAAGUUCUUGGAGUCCGAAGACGACCCUGUUAUUAAAAAAAUCGCACUUCGAGAGAUCCGGAUGCUGAAGCAACUGAAGCAUCCCAACCUGGUCAACCUCUUGGAGGUUUUCCGGAGGAAACGGAAGCUGCACUUGGUCUUCGAGUACUGCGACCACACAGUUCUCCACGAACUGGACAAGAACCCACGGGGGGUUCCGGAGCAUCUUGUGAAGAGCAUAAUUUGGCAAACUCUCCAAGCAGUGAACUUUUGCCAUAAACACAAUUGCAUACACAGAGAUGUGAAGCCGGAGAACAUCCUGAUAACCAAGUACUUUGUCAUUAAACUCUGUGAUUUUGGAUUUGCCCGGAUCCUAACCGGGCCCAGUGACUAUUACACGGAUUACGUGGCUACCAGAUGGUACCGUUCUCCAGAGCUCCUCGUGGGCGACACCCAGUACGGCCCACCUGUGGACGUCUGGGCCAUCGGUUGCGUCUUUGCUGAGUUGUUGUCCGGCAUCCCUCUGUGGCCUGGGAAAUCCGACGUGGAUCAGCUUUACCUGAUCAGAAGGACAUUGGGGGACCUCAUUCCCAGGCACCAGCAAGUCUUCAGCACCAACCAGUUCUUCAGCGGGGUGAGGAUUCCAGACCCAGAAAGCAUGGAGCCGCUAGAAAUGAAGUUCCCGACCAUUUCUUACUCUGCCCUGGGACUCAUGAAGGGCUGCCUCCACAUGGACCCUAUUGAGCGCCUGACCUGCGAGCAGCUGCUGCAACACUCUUACUUCGACAGCAUCCGAGACGUCGAACUCGGGAGGGAGCGUGAAAAAUCCAUGACACGGAAACCGAACCGGCCGACUCGGAAGCACGUUCCCGGGUUGCAGUACCUUCCUCAGCUGACCAGCAGCAACGUUUUGCCUGCUCUGGAGAACAAGAAGUAUUAUUGCAGCACGAGAAAGCAGAACUACCGGUUCCCGAACAUCUAAGACGCUCGGCUCUCUUCACCGCUGAAAGUUUGGCGUGAUCUCCAGCCCUGAUACCAGAACUUGAGAAACUGAAUAGUGUGUUUUCAAAUCCUGAGGCGAACCGUGGAAGGAAACGAAUUGUCGGAAGGCUCUGGACUUCUCCUGGACUUGGGGGAAAAUGCAUCUGUUUGGGGGAUUUUUCUUUGACACAGAAAUGCGGGACUGCGUCAAAAUCGUGGUUCCAAGAGCUCUGAGGCCUCUUCUCCGAUAUGGGGCGGGCGGUGCACCCGCAUCCCCUGCUGCGUGUUGAGGCUUAGUAGCGGGAGGAGGGAACUACGCCAAAUCCGUUUUUAUUCCCAUGGUGUCAAACGCACGGGAAAAGAAGCUUUGGGUUUAUUUCAGAAAGAAGCAACGAACGGCUGGUCUUCAAGCGUGUCCACGCCCAUGAAAGGCUUUUGAGAACAGGCUGUGACCAAGGAAUAUCAUAAUUCAGAUCCAGUCUUUGCCACAAACUCCCAGUUUCGUGUAGUGGUUAAGCGUGCGGACUCUUAUCUGGGAGAACCAGGUUUGAUUCCCCACUCCUCCACUUGCAGCUGCUGGAAUGGCCUAGGGUCAGCCAGAGCUCCCUUAUCUGGGAGAACCGGGCUUGAUUCCCCACUCCUCCACUUGCACCUGCUGGAAUGGCCUUGGGUCAGCCAUCGCUGUGGCAGAGGUUGUCCUUGAAAGGGCAGCUGCUGUGAGAGCCCUCUCCAGCCCCACCCACCUCACAGGGUGUCUGUUGUGGGGGAGGAAGGGAAAGGAGAUUGUAGGCCGCUCUGAGACUCUGUCCUUGGAAGGGCUGCUGCUGGGAGAGCCCUCUCCAGCCCCACCUACCUCACAGGGUGUCUGUUGUGGGGGGAGAAGAUGUAGGAGAUUGCAAGCCGCUCUGAGACUCUGUCCUUGAAAGGGCAGCUGCUGUGCGAGCUCUCAGCCCCACCCACCUCACAGGGUGUCUGUUGUGGGAGAGGAAGGGAAAGGAGAUUAUGAGCUGCUCUAAGACUCUUCGGAGUGGAGGGCGGGAUAUAAAUCCAAUAUCUUCUUCUUCUUCUUCUCCCUGCUUACCUUUAGCCAGUGUAGCUGUGAAGUGGCUGUCUCUGGACUCAGACCCCGUGGGCUACCCUGUUGUCCCAGGCCUUCUGUCAGAUGCUGGGAUCCACCCACCCCUUUAUGGCAAUCAGUGAAGCAGUCAGGAAGAGAGCCAGUUUGGUGUAGUGGUUAAGUGUGCGGACUCUUAUCUGGGCGAACCGGGUUUAAUUCCCCACUCCUCCACUUCCCCCUGCUAGCAUGGCCUUGGGUCAGCCAUAACUCUCACAGGAGUUGUCCUUGAAAGGGCAGCUGUUGUGGAAGCCCUCUCAACCCCACCCACCUCACAGAGUGUCUGUUGUGGGUGGAGAAGAUAUAGGAGAUUGUAAGCUGCUCUGAGUCUCUGAUUCAGAGAGAAGGGCGCCGUAUAAAUCUGCAGUCUUCUUCUUCUUCUUCGAUAACUUUUCAUCUCCACCUUGUUUUACUACCAAGAGCCAGUUUGGUGUAAGUGGUGAAGUGCGUGGACUCUUAUCUGGGAGAACCGGGUUUGAUUCCCCACUCCUCCACUUGCGGCUGCUGGAGUGGCCUUGGGUCAGCCAUAGCUCUCGCAGAGCUAUCCUUGAAAGGGCAGUUUCUGUCAGAGCUCUCUCAGCCCCACCCUCCUCACAGGGUGUCUGUUGUGGGGAAGGAAGGUCAAGGAGAUUGCGAACCACUCUGAGAUUCGGAGCGGAGGGCGGGACACAAAUCCAGCGUCGUCGUCGUCGUCUUCAUAUUGUAUGGAGGUUUUUGGCUGGUGAGGCAGGAUGUACAUUUUUGAAAUAAAUAAUAAAAACAAAUAUUCGAGGGGUGACUGGCAACAGAUGCCCCACCCCAGCCCCCCCAA